CGGACUGAUACGUUUUGGGUGCUGCGGCUUAUUAAAUAUAUGAUAAAUAGUCCGUUUUUCUGCGUGACAAAUACAAUGUAUGGCGGGUGCGUGACAGAACACCUACAUGAGGGACUGUCAUGUUAAUGCGGGACACAUGACAGCUCUGUACACAACUGUGCUAGUUAUAGGGUUUUUUUUUCAUAAGGCAGCGCGCGAGGCUACUGAAAGGGUCCUUCAGAAAACCACACCGGAAGUGUGUGUAUGAGAGAGAGAGAGAGAGAGAGAGAGAGAGAGAGAGAAAAUAAAUAAAACAAUGUCCCUGAGAAAAAGCUGAAACGUGUCAGCAUGAGCACCUCGAAAAAAUACAGCCGUAAAGGACGACGCCAGAAAAUCUCAAACCAGCAGGCUUCUGUUUUGGAGACGAACUCUGAGCUUUCCUCCAAACCUCACACCGUCCCUUCUGCAGGAGCUGUGAAGAAGACGAGAGGAAAAACAGCCAGAGUUGUCGCACAGCAUCCUGACACCGAACCCACACCUGUCUCAUCUGUCUCACACACACCAACAAAUGGACACUUGUCUCAAAACACCUCCACACGUCCUCAGAGAGGGAGGAAAAAGAAAACAGAGAGAUCAGACUUCACCCCUUCUGAGAGAUCAGACCCCUGUGGUGAUGCUGACACCAGAAGGACUCGGCAGCAAAAAGCCACAAUAACACCACCACCACCACCACCACCACCACCACCACGCACUCGGAGAUCUAGAGCUGCUAAAGAGACCUCAACACACGCUACACCUUUAUGUCUGGGUUCUCCUCAGGACACAACCGUCUCCUCGCCCAAAUCAGACUCGGGCGUGAGAACGCCACGGCGAGGGCGUCGACCCAAACUAUGCCUCAGCUCCACCCCACAGUGCAGCAGGACACGGCAGAGCCAGCCGCAGAUCGGCCCCAUCACGAAAACACUGCCAAAGAGAGUUCGAUCUCAGAAUCCUGAAACUCAGCAGAGGAAGAGGACGAGGAAGAAGGCAGAACAGGAAGUGGUGGACACACCGCCAUUUAAACGUCAGAGAAAGAAGAGAUUGGCGAAGGCGGAGCUUCCCCAGAGCCAGCGAAUCAGAACGCGCUUCGUGCUGGAGGACUCGGAGCAUCAGGAGACAGAAGAGACAUCCUCCACCUCAGACCUGUCCAUUGAGCUGAGUGUACAGGAGGAAGAGCUGUCUCUUACACACACACUCUCAGAGGAGGACGAAGAGGACGAAGAACUGCCCAGCUUCCUACAGCAGAUAAGACAAAAACCUUCCUCGAUCAGAGAGGGGCUGUGUGUGUGGUGUAAACUGAGGAAAUACCCCUUCUGGCCAGCCAUGGUUAAGAGUGUGAACCGUAAGACUAAGAAGGCCAGCAUUGUGUUUAUUGACCAGUUUCUCAUUUAUAAAGGAAUAUGUAAAGGUUUAUCCGUGUCCCUGAGGACGCUAAAACCGUUUGACUGUGAAGAGUAUCACCACUUUGUGGACAUAGCCAAAGAGAAGUACGGUGAAUCCAUCAUGUUGAGUCUGGACCUAAUCUCUGACUACAACAUCCGCAUUGGUUGUGGCUCAUUUGUUGGCUCAAUCAUUGACUACAUUGCUGAUGAUAUCAGUCAGCCAAUAAGGAGUCAAUACUCGAAGGCUUCGUCAGAUCUUCUGUCUCCCACUCAGUGUCUGAUGGAGCAGCAGGAUGGAGACUCUGAGUUUCAGGACCUUGAGGAACAUCCUGACCUCCUUCAGGAGUUCCACGUGGUGAAGAAAGUUCUCCCUGACCGUGCGCUGGCUGCCAGGAACCGCGCCAACCAGAGACUGGUGGACUUCAUUGUGAGGAAACGAGGAGCUCAGGACCGCUUACUGGCGGUGAUCAGAGGUCAGCAGGUGUCCACGUGGCUGCGGGAUCUGCACAGCUCCACCCGCUUGGUGGUAGGUCAGGUGUACCUGGAGGACGAGAAGCAGGUGGAUGCAGUGUACAGCUACCUGGAGGAAUUGUAUCAGAGUGCUGCUAAAGCUAACCGGGGUCUGGAGAAAUCAGACCGCAUACGAUUCAUCCUGGACGUCCUUUUCCCUGAGGCUUUGAUCUCUGCAAUAUCUGCAGUGGAUUCUGUCUCUCUGGUUAAAGCAGAAGAGAAAUAUCGCCAAGGUCCUCGCCAUAGCAACAGAGAAAGACAGGAGUUUGACCUGAUGAUUGAGCAGCAGAUGAAGCUGAAGGCAGCAGAUUGGUCACGUUGAACACUGCUGCUUUUAUUUUUUAAUCUUGUUUUUCUUAAUAAAACAUUUAUUUGUUUGUCA